AAGGAGACCGCUUGUUUGGGAGAGCGCGGAACGGUUGGUUUCAUGUGAAAUUAGUGGCGGAAGUUGAGACUGUUUACCAAGUUGCAAUUUGCAGCUUUGAUUUACAAUUAUUCUGAUAAUGACACAAGAAGUCAGAAAGGUCAAAAGGAGAGAUGCGAAAAAGAUUAAAACAGAUGAUGAACCAAAAGGUGUUAAACAAAUUGUCAAAGGAGACGUCGACUCGAACGUCAAACCUAAGUUUGGGCCGAUCGUGACUUUUCCUUACCAGCGAGUUUGGUCACGUUGUAUCUUGAUACUUGGUGUGCUUUUUGUGGUCUGGUAUAACAGUAAAAAUGGCAAAGAGGUAUCGUUAGCGCAACAGAAAGAUGUGCUACUCAGUCGAAACCAAGUAUUAAAAUGCUCAGACGACUACAAAGCAGAUGAAGAUCAAUUCCCGAACUGUACACCUCAGAAGUGUAGCCGUUUUGUUACUGACAAACUUGUAUCUACUACAGAAAUAGAUGUACUAUUAAGAAUGGCAAAGGGUGGUUUUGCCUUCGGUGGAUCUUCUGGAGGAGCUAGUAUUUUCGAUCUACACUCUGGAGCUCUUAGCAAAGGCUCAGGAAUAGUGAAUAUACAUACAUUAAAUGGAGCCAGAGAUAUAUUCAAUAAUGUCGAUCUCUCAAUUUAUAAAGCUGUGCGAAUAAAGAUACAGCAUGCAGUUGCUCAUAACUUUGGCAUAGAUGCUAAUAGCAUUUAUCUGACUCAUCCGACAUUCUUUUCUCGACUGACUAGUGCUCCACCUAAAACUAUUCACGAUGAGUAUUGGCAUCCUCACAUAGACAAGGAAACAUACAAAUCCUUCUAUUAUACAACGCUUGUGUAUCUAAACGAUCAUGGGAAAGAUUUCACAGGUGGAAGAUUUGUGUUCAUUGAUAAUAAUAAUGUCAACAUGACCGUGGAACCACGCAAAGGGCGUGUCUCGAUUUUUACAUCGGGAAGUGAAAACCUACAUUCGGUCGAACGAGUGACUUCAGGAAUGCGAUAUGCAUUAACAGUAUCUUUCACAUGUAAUCCAGAAUAUGCGAUUUCUGAUCCAGUUUCGAAGACUUUGACGUAGCUGGAAGUAGCAAUUUACGAAUAAGUCAUCACUUUUUAAAUAUGAAUAGUAUUAUUGGAACAAAUAGACAAUCUAAUAAACGAUUCAGAAACUGUUCCUCAUCCCUUUAAUAAAAAAAAAAAAGAUGUUAUUGGAUCUCGCGUUUACAUCAUAGGUUUUUUCGGAACUUCCGUCAGAGAUUUUCACAAGAAUUAAAGGCUAUAGUCUUUAUAGAUUCUUACGAUUUUCGGGGCCAAAACUUAAAUAUUUUGGAAAACGUUUGAGCAACUGGUACUCAUUGUAUUUUGACCUCAGGAACACGAAUCCAUGGACUGAAUUGAGCUCCAAUUGAAACCAACCGAGAUAUCCCAUUGUUUUGCAGGAUCACUACUCAGGACAUUUGAUAUAUGUUACGAAGUCAGCAUGGACUCGUCGAACAGAAUCAGCGCCAAAAUAAUGACAUCCCAUUGCAUCUCCUUACCUUCGAUAGGAAGUGUUUCCACAACUAGAACUUAGAAGUCUAAUAUUAUACAUAUAUACGAUAUGACGGAUGAUUGAUAACGCAUGUCAUCAUGACUUUGUGCCCAGUAUUUAUCAGAAUAAUUGAAGUAAUAUUGUGACAUUGAAAUAAAUGGACAUCUUGUAAAUUAUAUUGUAACGUUUUUAAUGUAGUAAUAGAUAUUUCAACGUAUAAGAUGUGAAAUAUUUAAUUGACACGUUGUAUACACGAUGCAACGCCACGGUAUGUAGCAACUGUGUGAAAAUUUCAUUAGAAAAAAAAAACAACUAAUUCGAAUUAUGUUGAAUAAUUUAUUUAUUAUACAUACAGGUAUUUUUUAAAUAUUUAUAUACAACUACACGGUACAUACAUUGUGCAUUUUCUUUCUUCGAAAAAUACUCCCCUUUCUCUCCCCAAAUUAAUUUUCAUCGUUCCUGGUGCUUUUUGUUCUUUCAUUUGACAUUUUCGUUUAAACUUUUCUAAAUCAGGACCAUGCAUAGAUUUUAUUAUGUGCAUACUUGUUAAAAUUUUUUAUUCUAAUAUCUAUAUUUUUUCAUAUUUGGUGCGUGACACGAUCACAAAACAAAAGAAUAAUUAUAUUGAGGUAAAUUUUAAUUACCACAAAAGAAUACAGUUUAGCAACAUUUAUUCUUUUCCCUAGAACCUUACGCUGCAUAUUUUAGCUGGAAAAUAUAAAAAUGAUAUAUUUACCUAAUAUAAACUAAUGAUGUGUCAGUUAGAAGGACAUAUUAAACGGCAGGAAUUACACGAACCUUGAUAUAUUAUAAAUCUUAAUGCAAAUGCCCUGAAUAGGAAUGAUUUAAUCAGACAUUUAUACUAGCAAAAUAAAUACACCCUUCCCAUACAACUUGACAAUAACAACUUUGUCCACUAAGAAUUAUUGAAAAAUCGUAUAGGAACUUUACACAAGCUCUUAUCUAUAUUGUAAUCAGUAUCCCCUUAGCAAGGAUUCGUCGGAACAGAUCCAAAUUUUAUCGAUAUAAUUGUUGAAUUGGACCGCGAGACACUUUUCCUUCCACCACAGAAUACUGCUAACUUCAUAUUGGAAUUAUACAUAUAUGUACGUACGUAUAUAAAAGAUCGUAAUUUUACUGUGAAUUGCAAGACUCGUCUGAAA